CCUGGGUUCCCCCUCCCCCGUGCCGCCGGCCUGAGGGUGGGGGGACGGAGGCUUGGCCCGUUCUGCCGUACCAGCUGAGACGAGAGUAGGCACAUUCCUGCAGCCAUCGCUACCCCUCACCCCAGCCGCAGGCCGCGCCCGGAGAGCGGCCGCUCCGCCGCCGCCCGCGGCCCAGGUUUUACCAAGAGACAGUACAUCUAACACUUAACUUGGAUCAUCUCUUGUUCAUCAGCUUGAAAAUCAUAACAGCCCCCAAAACUGACAUUUGAUCUGAAAGAAAAAGCUGUGACAAAUGGACAAUAUGUCUAUUACUAACACACCAACAAGUAAUGAUGCUUGUCUGAGCAUUGUUCACAGCUUGAUGUGCCAUCGACAAGGUGGAGAGAGUGAAACUUUUGCAAAACGCGCAAUUGAAAGUUUAGUUAAAAAGCUGAAGGAGAAAAAGGAUGAAUUGGAUUCUUUGAUUACAGCUAUAACCACAAAUGGAGCUCAUCCUAGCAAGUGUGUUACAAUACAGAGAACGCUGGAUGGGAGGCUUCAGGUGGCUGGUCGCAAGGGAUUCCCUCAUGUGAUUUAUGCUCGUCUUUGGAGGUGGCCUGAUCUUCAUAAAAAUGAACUCAAGCAUGUUAAAUAUUGUCAGUAUGCUUUUGACUUAAAAUGUGACAGUGUCUGUGUAAAUCCUUACCAUUAUGAGCGUGUAGUAUCGCCUGGCAUUGAUCUCUCGGGACUGACACUACAGAGUUCUGCUCCUUCAAGUAUGUUGGUGAAAGACGAAUACGUUCAUGACUAUGAGGGGCAGCCCUCAUUGUCUUCUGCUGAAGGCCAUUCAGUCCAAACCAUCCAGCAUCCACCAAGUAACAGGGCAUCUACAGAGCCUUAUAGCACCCCAGCCAUGUUAGCUCCUACUGAGGCUAGCACUACCAGCACCACUAAUUUUCCCAACAUUCCUGUGGCUUCAACAAAUAGUACUACAACUUGGACUGGAAGUCGGACAGCAGCCUACACACCUACCAUACCUCACCACCAGAAUGGCCAUCUUCAACAUCAUCCACCUAUGCAUCCUGGGCAUUACUGGCCAGUUCACAAUGAACUUGCAUUCCAGCCUCCUAUAUCAAAUCAUCCUGCUCCAGAAUAUUGGUGCUCAAUUGCAUAUUUUGAAAUGGAUGUGCAAGUCGGGGAAACGUUUAAGGUCCCUUCAAGCUGUCCAAUUGUUACUGUUGAUGGAUAUGUGGAUCCUUCUGGAGGAGACCGUUUUUGCCUGGGCCAGCUUUCCAACGUGCAUAGAACAGAAGCCAUUGAGAGGGCAAGGUUGCACAUAGGUAAAGGGGUGCAGUUGGAGUGCAAAGGAGAAGGUGAUGUGUGGGUUAGAUGCCUCAGUGACCAUGCAGUCUUCGUUCAGAGUUACUACCUGGAUAGAGAAGCAGGGCGUGCACCAGGGGAUGCAGUUCACAAGAUUUACCCAAGUGCAUAUAUAAAGGUGUUUGAUUUACGCCAGUGUCAUCGUCAGAUGCAACAGCAGGCUGCCACAGCCCAAGCUGCUGCUGCUGCUCAAGCUGCAGCAGUAGCAGGAAACAUCCCCGGACCAGGAUCAGUAGGUGGAAUAGCCCCAGCCAUUAGUUUGUCAGCUGCUGCUGGAAUUGGUGUAGAUGACCUUCGACGCUUAUGCAUACUCAGGAUGAGUUUUGUAAAAGGUUGGGGACCUGAUUACCCAAGGCAGAGCAUCAAAGAGACACCAUGCUGGAUUGAAAUUCACUUACACCGUGCCCUCCAGCUUCUAGAUGAAGUACUUCAUACAAUGCCUAUUGCAGACCCACAGCCUUUAGACUGAGAUCCCUCUGCUGCAUUGCUACAGGCCAUUAUAUUGUGAGGGUGAUGGAUUGUAAAAUACAGUACUGUUUAUAACCUGAAGAUAUAAUUUACUUUUGUUCUACUUAAUCUUUUAAACCCAGGUUUUAAAAAUGUGUUUGCCAUCUUGCUCUAAGCAGAAAGAAAUUAAACAUUUGGAUUUCAGUUAUUUUCAGAACUUGUCAUAAUGCAGGGCUUAAGGUGAAAGGUAAGCACCUUAUAGAGACUUUAUAGUAUUUGGUUUGUUCCCUUUGAAACUUUCCUUCUCUAUUAUGGUAUCUUGGUGAUAAGUCUCACAGGAGCCUUUUGUAUGCAGAAUAUAUAUUAUAUAUAUAUUUAUAUCUGAAAAGUCCUUCUACUAGUUACAAACAUUUACCUUGUAGCAACUUUAAAGUUCCAGCUGAUUUGUGAUGUUCUUUUUAGGGAACAAUAGUUAACAGAAGACUUCUUUAUUUUUUUUACAAUCUUGUUAUGAUUUUUCCAGAUUAAAACAUAGAGGCUGCCAAAAAGUGAGGAGUUGAGACAUAUGUUGUUGGCACUGAUUAAAAAUAGCAAGGAAAAAAAUGUGGCUUUUCCUUCACUAGUUUUUUAAAAAAGAUAUCUUAGAUUUUUAUUUAUAUAGACAGGUGAAUUUUAAAACACUAAAGGAAAUGGAUACUUUCAGUGCUGACACUCAAAUAACAUGAAAUACCUAGUCUGCAAAGUUGCCACUGAAAUUGCAUAACAAGCACCUAAUGGAAGGAUCAUAUUUCCAUAAUUACUACUGACUUCUAUGAUUUUACUCAACUAAAAUUUGGCAGGCAUUUAAAGAAGUUGCAUCACUCUUUUUACUUGCAUAUACCAUUAAAUCAUGUAUAAUAUUGCAUCAGUGUUCAGUUUUUGUAUCUGUUCACCAUUUCCACUCAGGGCAAGAUGGCAAACUUGUUUUUAUAGCUUUUGGUUAUUUUAAGCCCUAUGCCAUCAAUGACCGUAUCAAUUGGCAAUGACUUUGUAUAGAGAAUUUAUAGUAAAAAAACCUGCUAAUGUAUUGUCUGUGUGACAGAUACAAUGUGUAUGCUUUCUCUCUAGCUAAUAGUAUAAAUAAAAUUAUGAAAAGCCUGAUUUUUAUAAAUUUAGUUUGCUUAUAUAAUGUAAUUCUGCAUCUUGAAACCAUUGAUCUUGAGCGAUGGAUUCCUUUCCUUUGCAAAACCUGCAGCAGCCAAUAGUGGUAGGAAUUUUUGUUGGUUUAAAUUUGCCAGGAACAAGUCCAACUUUUCUUACUUCCACUGCUUCUUAAUAAAAGCAUGUCCUGAGGAUAUAUCUUUUUGACUGUUUGAUGGGGUAUGGAGAGAGAGCAGGAAUUCCUUCUUUUUUAGCAUGUGUGUAGGGAGUUGGAGCUCAAUUAAACAGGCUUAGAAGGACAUACACUGAAGUCCUUCAAGUGCUGCAGGAUCAGUCUGCCUGCUGUGAUGAGCUGACCUGGCAGCACAGCUGGAGUGGUUAACAGAAGCAGAAGUCUUGGAAGAGAUUAUUCAAAAGCUUUUGGACAAGUUUCUUGCAUAGUUUCGGGAAUCUGUAGAGGGCUGUGACACAGUGUUUAGUUAUUGCUUCUCCCAUAUGCUGGAAUUCUUAUGAAGUCAGCAGUCAUUGUUUCUCUUAGGUGUGGAAGUACAGAAGACAGAUGAUCUGGGAGUAAUGGCCAGAAAUUGAUCCAUUAUCUCUGUAUUUUCACUAACAGUGCUGUCUUCUUCAGACUAACUUCUAAUGAGAUCACUUUUUCUUUUCACUUAUGUGGCAACUUCUUGAUGUAUGGGAAAAUAGUGUUUGCUUUCCUCAUGGCCUUUAGUUUAAAACCUUUUCCAUUUUUCUUUCUCUCACAAGUGAUGUAUUUUGUCUGCAAAGCAAGCUGUUUCACAGUCUCAAGGAACACUCUCAGUAGAGGAUUCAGACCACAUCCUCAGAGAAGCUUAUUAACCAGCAGCUUGGUUAUGCUUCAUCCACAACGGAAACCUUGAUUUGGGGGAAGAAAUUAAAAGCCUGACUACAUGUUUUUCUUGCCAGCCUUCCUAUUAGAUUAUCUGCCCUGAGCUUACUGCUGGGUUCAAGGUGCCUCAGUGUUUGGAAAGUAUGUAACCUCUUCUGCCUGAUUAAUUGUUUAUAACAGGCUGUUCGUUUGAUUAGGAGUCCAUGAGCUUACUCCCUAUUUAACUUUGUGGUUUUGCAAGGUGUUUUUCUUGGUGGAUGACUGAUCUGUAUAUGACUGCUUCACAGACAACUUUCUGUACCAGUUGCUUCUGCUUUGAUUGUGCCAAACUUUGGUAAAAUAGUGAAAGAUUACUUCCACCUGUUGGUGUAUUGGCCUGUACUAUGGUCUGAAAUAAUUCAACUUUUAAGAUUAGUUUCCUUUGCAGAUGUUUUGCAAGUCUCCUUAAGUCUGCACCUACAGUGUAGUAUUUAGAUGGCCCAAACUGUUUGGAAUAGAACAACAAAAUAAUGUCAGAUGAGUUUAUCAGAAACAAGCAAUUGCAGGCUCCACGUCAGGAGAAAUCUGAGCAUUGUAUGAGGCAGUAAAAAUACUGAAAAGGCAUUCAUCUUCUCCACCAGGCAGUUUCUGAUAAGAUGCUGUUGUAAGUGUAAAAGGUCAAAAUGAGAGAAUCUCAUUCUUAUUUCUUAAUAUGCAUUUAACUUAAUUUUUUGUACUUUUAUGACAAGGCAUAAAAGGUAGUGCAUAAUGGAUUAGAAGCCCUUCAGUGGCUGCACACUGAAUCUUUUGAGUCUUGCAUUUGUCUUUUUCUGAGAGUUGAAGAAGAGCUACAGCUACUUGAUAGCCAUGAUGACCCCUAUACAUGCAGCAGGCAGGAAUGUCAAGGAUGCCAAAAUUGUGUCUCCUUCAGCUCUGAAUGUUUCAAAUUCAGCAAGUAUUUUUUCAGCUAGCAGUCUCCUGCUUGCAAUCCUGUUCCCAUGUCUGCUCUGCUUAGUUCUUUCAAUGAAGCAAUUACCUCUGUGUUUCUCACCCUUGAUUAUGUGCUCCUCAAAAAACACAUUGUGCUGGAAUACUAUGUAAUUUCACUUCAUGUACUGGUGAGCUGGGAUUAACACCAGAAGGUUUAGAUUGCUUUAUCUGUGUUACUGUUAGUUUUGAAAGCUAGGGCAUUUAAGGUUAACAUGGUAGAGAUGUAGGAGAGAAAAGCUUUUCUCUGGAAUGGUUAAUACUUAAUUCUACAGGAAUCCCUUGGAAGGAGGCAUAACCACUAAACAGUGGUGGUUGAAAGUGGUUGUUCCUUUCAUCACUUUUCUGGACUUGAUGAGAAUGAUGUGCUCAGAGACCUGGAGCUCCUGGCUGUGAUAUAAACCACUUCGUUUACAGCUCUGGCCUACUGAAGACCUGAGAAGUACCCUUCUGCUUUCUAGGGAGGGACCUAUACUGCAAACAAGACAAUGGUCUCCCCCAGUCACCAAGGAGGUCUGUAGCAGCAGUACUCAUUGAACCUGUGUCCAACUCCUGUGCCUUACCUUUGAGACCAUCUUCUCGUAACACUUCUGAUGACAGCAUUCUCUCUGUGUGGCUCAGGAACAACUGCCUCUGUUCUUUUAUUAGGAACCAUUACAAAAUUCAUAUACCAGUGUAUAUAGGAGGGGCUUCUGCCUGUAAACCCUUCAAAUGUUAUGUCUUGAUAGUGGUCUUUAUUGAGGCAUCUUUAAUCUCUUCUUUGAAGAGUAAGUGCUUUAGAAAGAACUGUCUCCUCAAUUUGCAUUUUUACUCUGUUACACAGUGACUGGGUUUGCUGGUCACUUUAAUGCAGCCAGUUAAAGACAGACACACGGAUCUUCAUCUAAGUGGGAUUCAGACUUCAUUUAAGAAAUCCUCUUUCCUCCCCUCCUUCCUCUCAGGCCCCAUGCUAAUUAACAUCUGCUCUAUAAAAUUCUAAGAUGCUUAGUUGUCAGGUAUUUUUAAGGAUGCAGUUUUGGAGAGGUUACUUUCUUUUGGUUUUUGAAAGACUUUAAAAGCUAUGGUCUUGCCUGGUCCUGCUGAUAACAGGAGUAUUUCCAUGACUGGUAUCAGGUUUUUGAGGACCAUGGCAUUGUUCUUGGGACUGAGAUUUGCAAGUUGCCUGUCAUAGGCAUGUGUGUGAACCAGCUUUGUGCUCAUGCUUUUAACCUCUGAUGCACUUUGGUCCUGGACAGGGAAACAAAAAUGGAAAGUGCUUCUCCACCAGCCCUAGGAGCUGGAUGCUGAACAUCUCCUUUUAUUGUGUCAUUCACUUGCAAAACACUCUUCUUGAUUGUGUGUUUCUGAAAAUUAUCUAAGGUGUGUGACCAUGCUGACCCAAAGCUGCUGCACAUGAUGCUGCUGACAUCCCCAAGAACUGACUUGACUUUUCAGCAGCGUGAAAAUUUCACUUGGUGAGACCUCGUGAAAGCAGAACUACUGUCAACAAUACCUCAAGAGGUUUUGACACUGUUGGCUGCUGUUGUGCCUUUUGGGUGAUACAUCGCUCCUAAAUUUGCAGGACUCGUAUAAGUUCACCAAAACCACAUAGCACUUUCUUGCUCCUGUACCUUUUUCUGUGUCUUUCUGGUGAAGUUUUGUAGCAGGACAAAGUGAUUCGGGUGGAUUGAGAGCUGUGAGGUACCCACAAUCCAAAACCUGAUGUGAGAGGGGUUUUUUUGAGCAUGAAAGCCUAGUUAAGCAUUUCUUCUUUCAGCCAUUGCCUUUUGAUAAGCGGUCAACAGAACUCCCAGUAGUUCCUUUGUAGCUUACUGUAUGUUUUUCAUUCAACCUAGUUUGUGGAUAAUAUACUGUAGUUACCUUUCCUGAAAUUCUGUUACAGAGUAUGUUUUUGAUUAAAAAAGGUAAAGAAUCUA